AUGGAACCAAGCUGUGCGAGCAGUAACUUUUUACCAAAAAUCUCAGAUGUCGAGUGGAAACUGGAGGUAAUGACAAACACGCCAGGCGUCGGUUCUGAUAAUUUAUUAUACACAGUUGUUUUGAAGACCGAUGGCAAAGACGUUCGCUUUACUUGUGGCACCCAGCAGUUGCAGGAUCUCGUGUAUAAACUCAAAGAUCUCGUAAGACAUUGUGAUAAAGUUAAAAAUGAACUCGGGUGA